GUGCGGCUGAGCUUACCAGUUGGAGUUGAGACGCUGUGAGGUGGUGGUCUGUUUAACUCUUAAUAUAAAGUGAAAGUGUAGAAAAGAGAUUCGUUCAAAGACAAGGAUGGAAUUAAGAUGUGUGAAAUAAGACGCUCAAAUAAGAAAACUUAGAAACUAGUUUAGGCAGUUAUCCUCACCUGUAAACAGUAGACGACGGGUGACACAAUAUCUAUCUUAUUGACUCUUUUCACACCUUCAUGUAGGCUAGAUCAGGAUUCACAGAAAUACCCAAAGAUACUAGAGUGAUUGUUGCAAGACAACUGUUUACAACAAUAGAAAAGUGCUACGAUAACAAGUUGAAAUAACCAUCCAUAUUUAUUCAUAUUCUUCACAAACAAUAAUAGACACCUUUACCAUAAUAUUCUCUAGCUUUCUCUUUACUCCCUUCUCACAAUAGUUUAGGCUGGAUCAAGGGUUACAAAAAUCUCAAAAGAGGGAAGGAACGAUUGGCAGAGUUGCUCUAGCCAAGUGCAGAAGACGACAGGAAAGAAUUAGAACAACCCCAAAAAGGACUCCAAUCAUGAAGAAGACAGAGAAGAAUAUAGAGUAUGCGGAUCAGGCCCACAUCUACACCACCAACUACAUCAGGAACUCUAAAGCGAUAGGUGUCCUGUGGGGAGUCUUCACCAUCUGCUUCGCUAUCAUCAACAUUGUGGUGUUCGUUCAGCCUCAGUGGAUAGGCGACACGCAAGACUCCAAGGGUACAGGAUACUUCGGGCUGUGGAAGUGGUGUGCGGGAGGUCGUGAGGGCACCGAGCUAGAGUGUACGGGCAAGCUGGACGACUUCACCACCCUACUGAACAUCCCCUCCAAGGCGGCCACCAUCCUCGUCGGUCUCUCUGUCGUCAUCACCCUCCUGUGUAUCUGCUCCAUGCUGCUCUUCUUCUUCUUCCACUCCUCCACCGUCUUCCACAUGGCCGGCAGUAUGCAGCUCCUCUCAGCAAUCCUCCUGCUGGUGGGUGUGGUGGUGUUCCCUGCUGGAUGGGCCGCGGGAGAGGUGAGGAAGGUAUGUGGCCCCACUGCUCGCCAGUACAACAUGGGGGAGUGUGAAGUACGCUGGGCCUACAUCCUGGCCAUCAUCGGGAUCCUUGAUGCUGCCGUGCUGUCUGCCCUUGCUUUUGUCCUCGCCACUCGCCAUGUCAAACUGCAGGCCGAGCCAGAGCCCUUGUAUGGUGGCUCUGUGUACAAAGGUCAGAUGAAUGCUGGCUUUGUGGGUGACGCUGGCAGCCUGGCCGGGUCUCGUAAGUCUCUCAACCUCCAGCCUGUGAUGCUUAUGCCACAUCCAGAUAACGACCGGUUUUCCGAGUUCUCUCACCACACUGGACGCUCCAAAAACUCUGCUUACAGGGCACACUAUGCUUCCUCUGUACAGAACUUUCAGCUAUAGGACAUAGAAUGAAGGAUUUUUUGGAAGGGUAUGAUCUUGUAUAGGACCCAAGAGAUGUGUAUUCCUCUUAUGGAAGUUUAAGUGUUUUUUUUAAGUGUUUUUAUGUAAUAUAUUCAUUUAUAAAGUAAUACUCAUGUUCAGUUUGCCUUGGCUGAGAUAUUAUAUUACAGUAUGUUAUUUUACACAAGGACUUCACUUGUGUUUGAGAUCUACCAACAUUAUUUUUUAUUUUAUGGUAUUUUGGAAGAGUUUUUUAUACCUGUACUGUACUUACCUUUAGAGUAGUGGUCUUACCUUUUGUCAAUGGUCUCAUGACUGACUGAACUGUAAACUUCUAAUACAGAAAAGAGCAUUUUAUCAAGACUUAUCUUAUUUUGUACGUAAUUGUAAUAUAUAAGAUAGAUUUAUUUCUUAUUGAUAGAUGCUUUCAAGGGAUUUAUAAUAUUCACUUGGUAUAAUUCUUAACUCUCUAACUAUGAACUGUGAUUGCAGUUAAGGGGUGAUCCUGACAGAGCUGAUCACUACUGCCUUGUUAGAUCCUCGGACCAUCUAAAACUUCUUGUCUUGGAGGUCACUGCCUGGAAAUAUAUUACUGGAGACAGCACAGUGGAUGAAAGCUUGAACACCUGCCUCCUCACUGUGUCAUGUUGGAGAUACUGUUUGGCGAGGAGUCAGGAUGAUGAAUGUAUGAUUUGAUUAGGAUUUUUUAUUGGACUUGUGUACAGUUCCCCAUAAAAGUCCUGUCGUCUCUCCUUCACGAACCCAGAGAUUCAGAUUCAUGAACCCGAAGUAAUAGAUUCCGAUGCAUCUUUCUGUCCAUAAAUGAUUCUGGUUCACGAGUCUGAAUCUCUGGGUUCGUGGUUCAGGAGGAAAGGCGACAGGACUUUCAUAGGUGACUGUACUGUACUGUAUGGUAGAUUCAUAAUUUGAUAUUUUUGACAUUGAAUAAUUGUACUGUACUGUUAUAUGUAGCCUGUUCAUUAACACUUGUAGUAAUUAAUGCUUUAUUUAUCAAAGUCAUGGGCUAAGAAUCAAUUUAAUUUGUUGUUGAAGAUGUUAUAUGUGUUAUAACUGUGUACUGUAUAUACCUGUAUAGGAAAUUAAGUCGUAGCUUUUUGUAAUUUGACUGUGUGUAGUUCUUAUUACUCCUCUAUUAAUUGAUUAGAUCCAGAUUGAUUAAUAACCAUAGAAAAAGGCAAUUUUCUUUUUUAAUUUUAAGAGUAACAAUUGUAGAUACCGGAUACUACUUAAUAAACUAUAAUUUCUGUU